AUGGCUCCAGAGAAGAACCGCUCAGGUCCACAGAAAGACCACCGAUUGAAGACUGUCCUUUCCUACGCCGCAGACCUUGAAGCUGCCUUGCCAGCAGCUGCAGCUUCUAAAAUAUCAACCUCGACAGCCCAGGAGCUCGAAAAGCAAAUAUCCAUCUUCCCCGAUAGUCUCUCCAUCUCAGCAACAUCAAAAUGCGAGGAACUAGACCGCAUUGGAACGACGAUCUGGAAUCUCUGCACCCGGCUUCGACGCGAUUACGACACAGACAAGCCACAGGACAUGCCGAUCGUACUGGUACUAGCACGUGUAUAUGCUUUCCUGAUGCUCGAUUGUGCACAUGUAGCUGGCAAGAGUACUGGGGGCAACCUGGCUAGGAUGAUGAGAACCGGGUUGAAGGCUGGGAAGAAUUGCGUAGAUGCUAAACAGUAUGCUCUUGCCAUUAAGGUCCUAGGACGUGUCAGUGCGUACGAAGGGCUCUUGCAAAAGAUCACGGAUUUGAGCUCCCAAGACCGGGAGGCGUGUGAAAGACUUGUGGCAGAGUACUAUGUUGUCAGAACAGCUGUGUCAUGGAACCAGAGCGAAUUCCAGACGGCAGACCAUAUGUUCAGCAAGUCAAUGGCAGCAAAGCACAUCUUCGACCCUGGUACAGCAGAGAGCCUAGCAGACGUGUUAUACAAGAUAGGAAGGGACCUUCUAGCGAAACAAAAAUACGACAUGGCCGUCAAGUGGCUUGAAAGAGCAGGUGAGGUGUUAGAUGGACAAGAACUCGACCGAUUGAGCAUGGAUGCCAUCGAGCUGCGGAACUCGAUUCUGCAGUCCUUGACGAAGUCUUUACUGGCGAUGAAAGAACCUGAGGCAGCAGCAAGAGCUCGAGGCCUUGUUACUCUUCUCGAGAAUAAUUUCGGAGAAGACAGGCUGGUUGUUCUGCUACUGAAGCUGGAGGUUCUUUCCGCUCCGACCAGCGAUACUGGAGCGGCUUUCGACAGCGUUUCUUAUCUAGAGAUUCUUCAGCGGAUGAUUCGAACGAUCAUACUCAACGAUGGCAACUUCAAGCUGAUCAUGUUUCACGUGCGGAAGCUCAAUGACAAAAGUCCGAGUCUGGCUUCUAAGGCUCUCGAUGACUUUCUGGUAUUGCGGAUAAUAGAGGCAGACUGUGACGAAUGGUUUGGAAAAGCCUUGGUUACUAGGUUAUGGAUCGCUUUGAGUCAAAGAGAGAGCCCAGACUCAUUGGCGCAGAUUGAGGAUCUAUUCUCCACCAUCGUGGCAAAGUCAACGAGACCAGCAAGCCCAGCAGCCACUCUUGCAGCACAUACUCUUUUGUGGAAGCGUAUCGAGUUAAAUUAUACUUCAGGACAAUACGAUGCAGCAGAGAAGUGGUGCCGUUUGGCAAUGCAUCAGAUAUUUGCAAAAUCUGGGGAGCUGAAUAUGGCCCGAUUAUCAAGAAAAUUACUUCUCUGUGCCCUUGCAAGAAAGGACAUAGGAAGUGCUCGAGAGAUAUUCUCUUCGAUGCCAAGCGCAGCACAAAAUGAAGCAAUGACAAGAUUCCUGAUGUACAGAAUUGCAGUUCGUUGCGACGAGCAGGAACUGGCUGCCGAAUGUCUCCAAAUCAUAAGCUCGACCUCCAACGAUGACCCGAAGCUCAUGUAUGCUUGUGUUUUGGAUGCGCAGCAAGCAGGCAACAAGAGUCACACUCUCAAUGCCUUACAACAUGUCCUCGAGAAGAGCACUUACGAAACAACGUCUGUGAACUUGGCUUCCUUACUUCGACUCACCAUUACGCUGACGGUCCAGGCCCUAGACGAGGCAUCGAAGAAGCAAAAUAAUUCUGCUGAGUUCGAGGCAACUCUGGAGAAGUUGUGCACAAUGUAUGAAAAGGGUUCUGCGGCGGCACGUAGAGCGCGGUUGUCAAAGAAAGGACUGGAAGCAAUCUGGACGAUCGACGAACUUCACUGGUUCUCGAAAAACUCCUACAAUCUAGCCAUCAAACACCUCGCUAUUUGGGAUUCUUUUCAUCUACUCCGAAUGCUAGCCUGCUGCAUUGAUUUCAUCGACCAAUAUCCACAGGAUAUCACCCAGCAGAUUACUGAUGAUCUCACUCUUCGCAAAAUGUUCUGUGACUUCACAGCGGCGACGGCAUUGGUCAGUCUGGCUCGUGGCGAAGAUAACGUUGAGGUCCAAUUGCAGAACUACCUCAGGCUGCGUAAGCAUGUCGAAAGCUUUGAUGUGCAGCUUCAGAAAAAGGCGGGUAAUAUACCGGAGGAAGCAGAAGCAGACCUCCGUCGAAAGUUGACCAUCCUUGCUGCUUUUGAUUUCGAAGCUGCCUGCAGGUUAAAAGCCUGGGAUGACUUUGCCGAGAUUAUCCUCAAAGCUAGUGCUUGCAAGUCGACGCAGGUGUAUGAGAUAAUGGCCGACAUUGUGCUCUGCUCGGAGGCUCCUACUCCAGUACUGGUACAGACGAUCAAAAGGAUAAUCAAUGAGAUGUGGGGGAUGGAUCAAUUUGAUAUUGUGAAGCUGGCAAAAUAUCUACGGUGUCUUGUUCAGAUCACAAUCUCAGAUAACAUGGAUAUUGCAGUGGAGCUUCUCGAUCAGGCACAUCGCUUUGCAGAAGAGUCAGAAGAGACGGACCAGCCAUACCCUUCAGAGGAAUGCGAAUGGAUGGCAACAACAGCUUUCAACCGAGCGGUGGACUUGUACUGCGCUGGCGAUGAUCAAAAUGCUAAGGACUGGGCGGACAAAGCUCUCAACAUUGCACAAUAUUGUCUAGAUGAGGGUAAUCUGGAGCGACUGCUUCAGAGUAAGUUGUUGGAGUUGAAUUUCAGCGCUUAA